GACGUGACAAAGACGUUCUGCGCCAAAAACGGAAUUGCCAUGGUCGUGCGCAGUCACCAAUCCAAAAAGGAUGGAAUAGGUUUUGAUCUGAUGCAUGACAACAUGCUGGUCCGUGUGUUCUCAGCAAGAGACUAUGAGGGCCAUGGUAACGAUGGUGCUGUCCUGCUCAUGCAGCCGACAGAUGAAGGAGAUGCACAAUGCCGAGAUCGUCCGGAACAGAUUCAUGUGAGAGCUCAAGUCCUUGGAUCCUUUGCCAAGGCAGCGGCUAAUGCCAACCGUGGAGCUCUCUACAACCUCUCAGCAUCACAGGAGCUCCGGCGCGGAGGUGCAUGA